UUGUCCCUUUUGGGGUCGCGGGGGGUUGCUGGAGCCUAUCUGAGCUGCAUUCGAGCGGAAGGCGGUGUACACUCUGGACAAGUCGCUACCUCAUAGCAGGGCCAACACAGAUAGACAACAUUGACAUUCACACACUAGGGCCAAUUUAGUGAUGCCAAUCAACCUAUCCCCAGGUGCAUGUCUCCGGAGCCCGGGGUGAACAUGCAAACUCCACACAGAAAGAUCAAUGAAAUAAAAACCAGGGAGCAACUUAGUGAAAUUACAGCGUCCAAGUAUUGUGUUGAAAAGUACAAAAAGAGGACAAACUUUUCGCGUGUGUGCUUGGAUUUCUUUAAAAGGCUUACUUUGUGGUGGUGAGAUUUUUAUUUAUUUGAAAUACGCUUAAUUGGACAUGACAAAAGAUUAGGGGUGGGGAUACGGGAAUCCUCACGGUGCGAAAGAAUGCAGAUGACCGAGCAUGUGACAGGACGUGAAGGCAUCAUCGGCUGCUCUUGUCACAGAGCGCGAGUCUUGAGUUGAAACCAGUCUGCUGAGGAUGCCGUGAACGUCACAGCACAACUUCAAAGGACCGCCUUUGCCCGACCGUAACUUAUCCGCGAGCUUUUAUUCACGUGUAUGUGAGUGUCUAUGAUCCCGACGGACGCCUUGACCCAGACAUGGCCGAGGUCCCACCGCUCCAAGUAGACCCAGACUUCGAGCCUCUUACCCGGCCGCGCUCGUGCACCUGGCCGCUGCCGGAGCUCAUCGACCCGGCGAGCUCCACCACAAACUCCCCGAGCCCCUCCGUGCCGCCGGGAAACGCCUGCAAUCUCAGUUUACUGGAGGAGGAUUACGAGGAGGACGGCUCCUAUGUGUCCCAUUCUGACUUCCAUCGUCCUGAGGGGCUGCACCUCCAUCCGCACUUGCAUCAGCCAGGCCCGCAGCUGCCGGUGCCCCAGCAACAGGUGCCCCCCUUGGGGGGAUCCAACCAGAGGAAGAGCAGCUCGUCCCGGCGGAACGCCUGGGGGAACAUGUCAUAUGCUGACCUUAUCACCAGGGCCAUCGAGAGCUCACCCGAGAAGAGGCUGACCCUCUCCCAGAUUUACGACUGGAUGGUGAAGAGCGUGCCUUACUUCAAGGAUAAAGGAGACAGUAACAGUUCUGCAGGGUGGAAAAAUUCCAUCAGACACAACCUUUCGCUGCACAGCCGCUUUGUGCGCAUUCAGAACGAGGGGACAGGAAAGAGCUCAUGGUGGAUGCUCAACCCUGAAGGAGGGAAGAAUGGCAAGUCACCUCGACGCAGAGCUACCUCCAUGGACAACAACAGUAAGUUCGCCAAGAGUCGACGGCGAGCCACGAAGAAAAAGAUGUCUCUCCAAGAAGGCGCCGAGGGAAGAGCGAGCAGCCCUGGUCCUCAUUUCUCCACCUGGCUGGGAAGUCCGAGCUCCCAGAGCAAUGAGGACCUGGAGGCCUGGAGCGCCUUCCGAACACGCACCAGCUCGGACGCGAGCACACUGAGCGGCCGCCGCUCGCCUUUCUCCUCCGAGCAGGAUGAUCUGGCAGAGAGCGAGGGUCACCUGAUGUACCCUGUGGGGGGCAAGAUCCCCGCACCCUUGCCCAGCCUGUCGGAAGUGUCCGGUGGAUCCAUAGGGGGCUCAGGGAUAGUCAUGGAGAGCCUGGCGGAUAACCUCAACAUGCUGUUUCCCAAGGGCUCGGACUCUUGCUGUUCUAACGGCGCCAUGCUUCCGAGCGGUCUCUAUAACUCCCCUCAGCCACAGCAGGACUAUGAGAAACGCUUGUAUGGCCAAACCAGGAUGAACGCCUUGUCCUCCAUGUGUCCGGAGGACAAGCGGCACUAUGGGCUUUACGAGAACCAAUAUAUCUGCCCUGCUGGCCUCCUUAAGGACCUCAUGACCUCAGAGGCAGACAGCAGUAGGAACAUGGCCCCCUUCAAAGAUUCACGUCCGUCUCUCGGCGGGAGGAGCCAUUGUCCGAUGUCCAUCUAUGACAGCCCGAGCCAAAUGGUGGGUCAUAAUGGCACAAAAAUGAGUCAGCCCGUUCUUCCCGUGAAUCCACGAGGCCUACAUAACCAGGGUCCUCCUAGCUUGCCGGACAUGAAUAGUCGUAACAUGACCCCAUUGACUAGUCACUCGGGGGCACCCCCUCAAAUGACCAGCCUGAGAACGCAACUGUCCCACGGUCACCCAGCCCUGGCUAAUGAUGCCAGGGAGGCCUACCGCAGCUACAGGGAGCUUCACACACAUGCUCAUCAUCAGGAGCGGCUGCCCAGCGACCUGGACAACGUGUCCAUCGAGAGACUUGAAUGUGACAUGGAGUCCGUCCUCCACGACACCCUUAUGGAUGGCGGGGCGCUGGACUUCAAUUUUGAUGCGGCAGCAGGGGCUCAGGUGUUCCCACAGAGGGUGAAGACCAACACACACAGCUGGGUGUCAGGUUAGGGUGGGAUGGACCUGUAUGUGUGUAUGUUUUCUUACCCACCCAAUUUUGAAAUACUUAUCCACGUUCUUGUCUAGUACAAGAAAGAGUUUAUCCGAAGUUCUUAACAAAUCAAUAUAUCUAAUGUAGUUUCCAGAACUGUUAGAUACUGGAUAUGUGCAUUUUUAUUUGAAAUUAUGCCGUAUAUAAACCGAAAAUAAUUCACACACUGGCCCAAUUUUGAAUCAAUUUAAAGGCCUACAGAAACCCACUACUACCCACCACACAGUCUGAUAGUUUAUAUUUCAAUGAUGACAUAUUAACAUUGCAACACAUGCCAAUACGGCCUUUUUAGUUUACUAAAUUGCAAUUUUAAAUUUCCCGCAAUGUGUCGUGUUGAAAACGCCGCGGUAUGAUGACGCGUGCGUUUGACGUCACCGGUUGUAGCGGACAUUAUUUUCGAGCCCGAUCCAAGUUAUAAGUAGUCUGCUUUAAUCGCAUAAUUACACAGUAUUCUGGACAUCUGUGUUGCUGAAUCUUUUGCAAUUUGUUCAAUUCACUGGCGUCCCACUGGGUGUGAAUUCUCCCUGCCCACUGCGUGUGAGUUUUGCUUGCCCUUAUGUGGGUUCUUCCGAGGAUGUCGUAGUCGGAAAGGUUUGAACAGUCCUUUGAGACAUUUGUGAUUUAGGGCUAUAUAAAUAAACAUUGAUUGGUUGAUUGAUUGAAUUAAUAAUGGAGAAUUCAAAGUAGAAAGAUGGAGGUGGGAAACGUUUGGCCUUCAGCCACAAAAAUACAGCCGGUGUUUCCUUGUUUAAAAUUCCCGAAGAUGAAGCUUUACUAUGGAUCAGAGCAGUCAAGCGAACAUGGUUCCCGAACACAUGUCAACUGGCAGGUUUCGGUGAGAAAAUUGUGGUAAUAAGUCGCCUCUUACCGGAGACAUCAGCGGAGCUUCCGUCUUGCUGCAGAUGCCGUGACUUCCCUCAGAGACUCUGACGCCAACACACCCGUGGCCACACCCCUCCGACUUUCAGGUACUAUUUAGUCUCACUAAAACACUAGCAACACAAUAGCAGAUAAGGGAUUUUCCAGAAUUAUCCAAGUAAAUGUGCCUAAAAACAUCUGAAUCCCUCCCACUGCAAUCGCCUUUCUUUUUUUAGCUUUUUUUUUUUUUUAGUCCUUCACUCUAAAUUUCCUCAUCCACAAAUCUUUCAUUCUCGCUCAAAUUAAUGGGGAAAUCGUCGUUUUCUCGGUCCGAAUAGCGCUAGCUGCUGGAGGCUAUGAUUGUAAACAAUGUGAGGAUGUGAGGAGCCCUACAACCAGUGACGUCACGCGCACAUCGCCUGCUACUUCCGGUAAAGGCAAGGCUUUUUUAUUAGCGACCAAAAGUUGCGAACUUUAUUGUCGAUGUUCUCUGCUAAAUCCUUUCAGCAAAAACAUGGCAAUAUCGCGAAAUAAUCAGGUAUGACACAUAGAAUGGACCAGCCAUCCCCGUUUAAAUAAGAAAAUCUCAUUUCAGUAGGCCUUUAAUUUGUUGAAUUAUGUCUGGAAAUGUCACAAGAAAAAGCUGUAGUUCAAUUAUAAUUUUGUUUUUCAAUUACAAUAGUAAAAAAAAAAAUAACGUGUCCCCUAAUGGGGACAAUGUAUGCAGAACAGCAAAUAUGGCAGCAAAUGGCAAAUAACAAAUCAAUAAAUAAAUCAAUGAUAAUGUAUUUAUUUAGCCGACAUGCCCGGUCUAACCCUAACUCAAAAUGCCCCAGCUGGGUGUAGAUGUCGAGACCCCACUUCCAGGGUGAUCGGCUGCAAUGAAUGCAGAGUGGGUAUACAAGUGGGUUGUUAAAUAAGUAGAUAUCAUUUUGGAGUCCAGUCCAUCGGGAAGCCAACAGGUGAUCAUAGGGGGAUCUUCUUCCGGCCUCAGUCAGGUCAGCCCACAGCUAUAGGCACCUAUAGCUAUAGGCUGUAUAUACUUUAAACACAGACUAUAAAAACGGAAAUAGAGUAGAAUUACACAUUCAAUACAGCUAAUGUUAAAAUUGCUAAAAUACCCAAUCAAAGAAAACUGGACAAACCGGAAGAAAGGUGGAAUGAAUAAAUAAAUAAUACAUUUCUGAGUCCUGCGAUGAGGUGGCGACUUGUCCAGGGUGUACCCCACCUUCCACCGAAUGUAGCUGAGAUAGGCACCGGUGCCCCCUGCAACCCCGAGAGGAAUAAGCGGUAGGAAAUGGAUGGAUGGAUGGAUAUUUUCUGAAUGAGUAAAACAUUCUUCUGCAAAUACAUUUGGUACUCAGCCUAAGGGUGUGAAUUGGCAAAGACAAGUCAUGGAUGUUAUAGGUGCAGUGACAUUAGUGACAUUUACAUGUGCAAAAUAAAGCCGUAAGUUAGGAGCCAGGCAUGUAAAAUGUGUGCGAAAACGCGGAAAUUGUUUAACGUUUUUCUUGUCAAAAUAUCACUUCCAAGUUUUUUUUUUGUUUUUUUUGUUUAUUUUGUUUUUUGUUUUUGUUUUAAAGAAAUAUAAAUAAAACUACUGUUUAAACCAGGGGAAUCCAAACCUAGGCCUGUGAGAUGAAGGCACUGUUCAAUUUCAACAAGCAACCUGACCGUGUUUCCAUAUAAAUUUUAAUUACAAUUGACCUUUGUGGUGGAAAAUUCUCAUCGGUGUGUGAACUACAUGAGAAAUUCUGGUCUGUGCCCAUGAAGUGUGCUUUCUUGACCUACCAAGCACAGCAUUUAAUUAUUUGGCCCCAUCCAAAACGACCUUUCCUAGUGUUGGUGCAGAAAAAAAAUCUACAUGCAUAAACAGUCAACACGCAUGGUCACAUAGCACAACCUGUUCACUGAACUUUCUGGAUGUUGUAAAAAAAACAAAAACAUCCAUUCAAUUAAAAACAUUGCAAGUUAUGAUGAGAAAAAUGCAAAACAGUCUCUCCACACUUGACCAUUUUUGCCUUUUAGCUGCUAGAUAUUUCUAAUUCAUUAAAAAGCUUUAAAGAGGCCAUCACGGAAUUAAACAAGGAGUUGUACUUUUACAUACUCUUAAUAUUAUUCAAUUAUAAUUAUUGUUAAUUAAUUAUAUGUCCAUUAUAUUAUUAUAAACAUAGAC